GCGUGCGCGUUAGCAACAUAAAAGCGACUCGUCUUCUUCCAUCGAAUUGGCUAAACUCGCGUUCGAGUUAGUGUGUGUGUGCUUGCUACAUAAAGUGUAGUGAAAGAGCAAGAAAAAGGAGUAAGAAGUGAAUAUACAUAUAUGUACAUAUAUACUAGUGCUAAACAAAAGACUUAAGCAACGAACGUGCUUAAAGCAUAAAACUACUAAUUUUGCCUUCAAAUUUUUUAGAAAUAUAAAAAAUUUUGAAAUAAAUAAAUUUCCGAAACAUUAUAACCAUUGAAGCUCUCCCAUUCGCAAAAUCUGUGCUCUUGCCACAUUCUGCCUUGAUUUACAUACAUAUAUAGACAUAUUUGUCUGUAUAUAUGUAAGCCGUUUAAAUUUGCGCUGACUUUGAACUCGCCACUCAAGUUCAUUGUCGAACUUUUGCUGGGCGCAUUGUGUGGCAGCUGAAGCCUGGAACUUCGUUCGUAUUGAAAUUUUGGCUGGAGCCAUUUUGAGCGCUGUUUCAACUAUAUUUUGGUGCUGCUGCCUUAAUAAAAAUUCAAUUUUUUUUUUAAAUUCGUUAAAAAUUAUUGUUUGCCGUAAGAAGUUAUUUGUGUACUUUCGGUUUGGUGCAUCACUUCGACUUUUAGCUUCGUGUAUUACGGCUUAAGAUUGUACAGUGUAAUUUAUACUUGCAGCUUAUUUGUAUGUGAUACCGCAUAUUGCGGUUUUGUCGUUGGAAAGGACGGCAAAAGUACCACAAUUCUAUGAAACUUUGCAAAAUAUCUUCACCUGCAGUUAGAGCGCUCACCUGCAACAGAAAAUCCAGCGAGUAGCUGAAAAACAGAGCCAACGGCGGCAGCUCAUCGCUCAUCAUCAGCGCACAUCAUAACGCCGACAACGAACACUGAUGUUAAUGCUGCAAGCAAAAAACGACAACAACAAUAGCAGUAACAACUCCUCCAAACAACAAACCAACGGAACAAGCAAACUUACAAGCCGAAACGCUGCCGGUUGGCAACAGAACACAGAGCAGUGUGGCAGCAAUAAAGCGUGCAAGUGAUAACAAAAACAACAAGAACAAGAAAACCACUGCCAGCUCAAUUUCAUUACGCAUAUUAAGCGUGAACAGCAACAGCUGCACUUUUCCAACUUUUUUCGAUUUGUUUUUUUGCUGCGCUGCAUUCAUUAGUUGAUGCUAUCAAUACAGUUCCACGCGCCAUAACACACACACUCACACACAGAGAGGAGCACACAGUUACGCAUACAACUGGCGACGUUUGCAACUGCGACUCAGGUGUCAUUUCAGCGCCGUUGCUGUUAUGUUGCACGAUAGUCGGUGUGAGUGACGCACGUUAUGACAAUGCAAUUGCCGGCAUUCUCUUAGCAAUAUGCCGCUCACAGCCACUGGCCAGCGCUGAUGCUCAUCUACACGCAUAUGUGAUCUUGUGUGUCAGUGAACAAAUAUAUUAUUUAUGUGAAAAUUUACGAAAUCCGUCUGAAAUUUAAAAUACUGCGUUGCAAGCGAUUAUUACUGAUUUUUUUUUUUUUUUUGUUUUGAAAAUAAUAAAGACGUGCUCAGUGUUCACUAGUGUAUUGAAAUUUAAGGACUGAAAUAUAUUUUUCUACCAUUAUACUGUACAUCAUUAUACACAAACACGGCAGACUACAUAAGGAGCGCGAAAAUGGAUACCGUUUACGGCACAAAGAAAUAUUUUCAGAGCCUCUCGGGCGCCAGUGAUAUCUAUCGGACGCCGGCGGGUCGCGCUGUGUCCAACGAUUACACCUACCAAAACACGUUGGGACGUCGCUCGACACUUGGCGCUUACUAUCAUAUGAACAAACAACCUUCGUACACGAACGAACACAGUCUAAAUAGUCAAUACAGUUAUAAUGCGUGGGGCAUAUGGCGUGAUGGACGCAAUAUAGCGCCCUCCACAUUCUCCGCCAAAACGCAUACACACUACCAGAAGCCGCGUUCAUUCUCCAUUAUACUCACGACCGCAGUGUUUAUUGUGCUACUCGCCGUGAUCUCAAUAGCCGGACUGGCGUUCUACUUCAGUUCGGUGAAAGCGAAUAUGGAGGAUCCUGUGUUGGGUUUCGAGGGUUCGUUUCGCAUAGCGAAGGGCGACCUCUUCUCGACGGGUCUAAAGUACAAUCAUACGACUACUUAUAAGCAGAAGAUCGAAUUUUAUAAACGUUUCAUUGAACGUUCGCUAAUGGAUAACGGUUUGCAGCCGUUGCGUGUGGAUACGUGGGGCUUUGGUGAGGGGCCGCUGAUAAAAGUCUCAUUUCGCACAUUUUUGGAUGUGAGAAAAUUGCCACAAAAUAUACACAGUGUUGAGGAUUACAUCAAGGAAUCGCUCUUUCUGGAAACCACUGCAGCUAAGUCUCUUUAUCGCUCGCUGCGUAUAGAUGCUGAGUCGGUGGAGAUUAAACGUAUACUGGAUGAGUCAGUUGUGCGCGCUGCUUCGCUCUUCAAGGAUGCUGUGCAGCAGCCAACUAGUCAAUCACAGCUGGAGAAGCGUCUAAUGAAGAAACCCAAUGCGCCAACUCUACUCUCUAAGCCAGCUACCACAGUAAAACCACGAACUACACAUCGUCCACACUCAGUCGAUGAUGAACCCGAUGUCGAUGUGGAGAAUGCGCCAGUUAUACAAGGUUCUUUCGAGGGUUCAUUCGAAAUUACUAAAACCGAUGCCGAUAUCUCACGCAAGAAGGUUACGCCGACCAAAGCAUACAGCAGCUUACCACCGAAGGCGGUUACGCCAUUUGCGUUGCGCGUCAAGCCGAAAAAACCAUCAAUAGAGAAGCUCACAACAAUCAUACCACAGAAUCAGCCUUCACCUACGACUGCUGCCGCAACACCGACAAGCACUACGCGUGGCACUAGUACUGCUAAAACUACACGCACUACUUCGACUACGACAACUAGCACGACUACCACGACACGCAAACCGACUACAACGAGCACCAGCACCACCACUACUACCACAACUACAACUACACCACCACCAACGCCACCACCUACUACAACUACUACGUCUACCACAACAACAACAAGCACAACCGCAAAACCCGCAACCAUCCUACCGCUGACGUAUCCACCGCCUACCGCUUUUUCGCCGAAACAACAAUACAGCUUACCACCGAUGACUACACCGUCCAUUGCUUUGAGUGUGCCGAAGUUGGAUGCUAACCUCUUUGCGUCAGCUCCGGUGCUCGAUACCCAACCUUGGCGUCCGAUACAUCGUGAAGUGCCUGAACUGUUGCCUGGACCACCACCCGCCUUUCCCACAAAAACACUUGCUAGCGUAGACAAGCCAAUGCCGGUGGCACCACUCGCACCACUCGCACCAGCCUACAGACCUGAUCUACCAAUGCGGCGAAAUGAUGAAAUGGAGUUGCCGUUUAUACCCGAUAACCCCUCACCACCGACACCGUCUGCCUUCAAUCCAUACGCAUCCGGUUACUUUGGUACCGCUGUGCGUAAACCGGAAAUCAGCGCAGAGACAACAAAUCCACAAGAUAUGCUAUUCUAUCACAGUUUCGGUAAUCCUGUAUUCAUGCCUGGCACUGAAGAUAUAGAACGCUUAGGCGCAGGCGCACAUGUGAAGCCACAUCCAUUGCCGGUGCCGCUAAUCGACGAUGUCAUCAUACCGCCAUUUAAACCGCUCAUACCGGGCAUGGAUAAAGUGCCGAUUGAAUCUAAUGAAAAGUUUGAGCAUCUCGGUGGCGGUGUGAUCGUUAAAAAGCACGAGUUGGAAUUGGCGACUGCACAGGAGAAGUCAAAACCCAACACCCAGGUCGUGGCUAGUAAUAACAAGAAUGAGAGUGAGACCGAAAUACCAACGUUGCUGCAACAAUUCGCUUUGGAGGGUGUCACAACCUCAACAUUUAGACCGAAAGUUAGCACACCGAACAUUAAUCGCAUUGAAUCGAGUGCUAACUCUGAGUUGGCUGACACAAUUGGUGAAUUCUUUAUGGGUUUGUUGAACUUACCAAAAGAAAAUGCACGCAACACAACGAAACCGACAGUAGAGCGAAUCGAGUCGCGUAUAGAACCAGAAGAAAAUGUGGAAGAUAUGGCGACCGAGCCAGAAACUAAAGUGAUAUCGAAUGAAGAGUUUCCGGAGGAAGAUGUACAAGAAACCACCAUACCAGUUACGGCAGUGGCGAGUGAACCAGCCUCGAUUGAAACGGAGAGUGUUGAAAAGCCAGUGGUGGAAGUUAUUGAAGAAGUGGCAACAACAGCAAGACCCACUUUCUUAAAUAUUAAAGAACUCAUUCUAAAGCGCAAUCAGGCCAAAAACCAAACGCGUAAUAUCGACAGCAUAACCGGACGCCCAACGCCUACAACAACACCAACCACUACAACGCCAACUACGCCGCCAAGACUCUUUAGUCCCACACUGAAGCCGCCAGUGACAAAUUGGAAUCGCCCUAGACCCACAUACAACCAGAAACCACCGACCAUACUUGAUGACUCCAAUCUCUUUCCAUCGCAAUCGAAAUGGGAAUUCAUGAAUAGUUCGGCGACAAAUAGCUUCGGUCAUACGGGCAACAUGCGUAAGGUAUUCAAUAAGACGUUGCAGGCGUGGAUUUCCGAAGAUGUGGGCGGUAAUACGGAGGAUAACUUCACGCUUAAUGACAUCAAGACACGCAUAAAUAAUGCGACCAACAUACAAGAUAUUUCGCUUAUCUUCGAUACGCUGGCCUCCAAGUUGGGCAUUACGCCCAUGGUACAAACAAAAGUGCCACCAUUCUCACAGAAUAAACUUAAGCACACACAGGUCACGAGCGACAGCAGAAACAAGUUGCCAAACACAACGACAGUACCAACCACCACCACCACCACCACUACCACAGCACGUCCAUUAGCGUUUAGAGACAAACCGGCAACAAUGACCACAGUGUAUUGGAUGCCCACAACAAGAAGAGGCACAAUAACGGCAGUACCAGCGACCGCAACCAAAAUGCCUUGGACAGCAACAGCAACAACAACAAGAAGAAUGACAACUACGACAACAACUAAAGCAAGCACAGCAACGACAAUGCCAACAUUGCGCACGAGGCCAGCCAUAACCACAACAACAACAAUUGCGACGCCGACAACAACUAAAGCACCAACAGUUAUGGCAACAGCAACAACCGACGAACAUUUCAUUGAACUUCCGCUACGACAACAAGAGCCAUUCAUCAAGCCCAUGUCCAGUUUCAUGGAAGACACAUCCUCUGAGGGCAUCGGUGCGGCCAUACCAGUUGUGGGUGAGGCCGAGGUGGAGGUCAUCGACCCAAAUAAAUACGAGGAAAUGUUGAAGUCAUCACAGUUUGCGGCGGAUACCACAACGGAAACGGCACCACAAUUGGUCACAUUGCUGCCCGUACGUUCCAACUCGGGCAUACGCACAUACCGUCCGGCCGUGGAUGAGGAGGCUGAGGCGCGCAGUAGCAACGGCAAUGAUCAAUUGCCGUUGGCUGAGGGCACCGGCCAGGUGGAAGUUGUGCCAGAAGUGCUACAUGGUACGGCUGGUGUGGCAGAGGUUGUGGAGGAUGCCGUAAGCGACCCGGUGGUGUCGACAACAUCCAUGCGUCCGAGUGUUGUUACGGCGCCACGACAUGGUGGCGGCUUUUUCGCUGGCAUACGUAGAAAGAGCGACAUUAGUCAGGCGAGAAGGUUUCCGCCGGCCGAAGCGGUCGUCAAGGGUGGACUACAUGUGAAAGUCAAGUGAGCGGAUUGGUGAGGUGACCAAGAGAAAGAAGCCUUGAAAGGCAUAACUCAAUUAGUGCGAGAUUUCUGCGUUUGCUUUUGUGCUUUGUGUGAAAAAGAAAAGGAAGACUAUGAAAAGAAAAAGCAGAAAAACGAAACAUGGAAGGGAAAGAAAAACAAAUUUGCGACGAAAAAAUUUCAGUUAGAAAAUGUAGACAAAAGUGUUUAGUCAUCUUAAUUGCUUGGGUUCUAAUAACCGUUUUGUAGCAAGCCCUGCUAGGUAUCUUCACCUAGCAGGCGUUUAUGAAAUAAGUCUCCGUUUUAAGGCGGUAUUUAUUUUUUUUAUAUUAUUUUAUAAGUCGACAGGCAAAUUCUUGUUCACUGGUUGUUAGCUGUCAUCACUGAGUAACGUCCGACAGUUUUAACAAUUUCUGAAUGACAACAAUUAAUAUAGCAUAAAAAUCAGGUUAUGUAAUUGAAACGAGCUGCAUUCAAAUUUAUGGAGAAACAAUGACAUUACUUCCAUAAAUAACUAUAUAUUUUAAGUA